AUGGAGCCUAGCCUUCUCACCAGCAAUAAUGCUUCCUGGAUUCCUUCCGCCAGUGACCUUUUUCUCGUCGUCCCUCGUCUCGCUCAGAGAGCUGGCAACUUCGCAUUCCACAUGCCCGGAGCAAUGGACAAUCUCGCAGGCAAGAUAUGGAAUGGAGGGAGUGUGAUUGCGGAUGCGACUGCACAACACACGGCCAACUCCACGAUCACGAAUACGAGCGCGUUUGUGCAGAGUACCGGUGCUGCGAUACUCGAUGCUGUGGAAAGGGAGGCAUGGGCUGAGGCGGGGGAUGAGACGUCCUCUAUUCUUGGGUUGUUCGUACAGGGUGUGGCACGAUUGAAGAACUUCGGCGGCAUAUUUUCCUAUCUGACGUCGAAGUGGGCGCUGGCUACAUUCACCAUUGCUAUUCUUCUCAACCGCACGCAGUUCUACGCAUCGUCGAGGGAGCAUCUCAGGCUACGGUGGCAUGUCCGGCUGGCUCUCUAUGCCAUACCGAUCGCCGGCUUCCUAAUGCAGAUGAUGUACAUCCUGCAGGCUAUGAAGUGCCAGACGUCACCAGAUUUCCCGCAGCUACGAUACGGUGAUCCGCUUAAAAAUCUAGCCAUUGACUUUGGUGCAGAUGGAGGCUUUUUGUACCAACUCAGCUCUACUCUCCUCUUCUGGCAGGACGACAAAACGUGCUGUGAAGCACGGCAGAUGUCUUUGACGGCUCUCGAGGACAAUAAGAGUGAUCUGCGAGGGUCCAUGUCCCUCCUGUUCUGGUUCUUCCUGACCCUCUGCACUAGCCAGCUCUUCGAGACAUUGUGCUGUGCACUGCAAGGCAAAUUGCCUGCAUCAGAGACAGGCAUGACCAUCUUCGAGCAUUCGCUGGCAUUUGCUGAGUGUGAGGCAAUGAUUAGCAAUGUCCUUGGCUUCGGUCUGUUCGGUCUGCCGAAAGGUGAGUCGAGUGGGCAGCUUCUUGGCCGCUCGGAGAUCUUGCGUCGCCUUAAUAUACCUCCCGAGGUUCUGCUGGUCUGCUUGAUCAGCUGUUUCAGCCAUAUCAGUUCAGCAACGCUGGCUAUUACGGGCGUAAGGCACAAGGUGAGGCUGCCAAAUACUGCCAUUUGGGCAUGCUGCUACAUGGCCGCAUUUGUCUGGAGCUUCAGCAAGAUCAUCAUGCGCCCAAUAGAUAGUGUAGCCGACCUCGGGGUUCUACGCUUCCCGACUGUCUGCAUCGUGGGCUUUAUACCUCAUUUACUGAUCCUGGUUGGUACAACCAUUUGUGCGCUGAUCUACGGUCUGGCUCUUGUUGCGACGGCUUUGUCAGUGCCUGGAGAGAUUGCCGAGGGCAUGUCGUUCACGCAGCGACUUUCGUGGGCGUAUCAGAAUCUGCAAGCCAACGUACAAUUCUCAUCUGCUUCCUCCAUGAAGAUCAAAAUGUCGGAAGACUUCUACACGACUCUACUGAAGAUAGGCUUCAGCGUGUUGACUGCCGCUUCAGAGGCCGUAUACUUGCAAGAAUCUAAUCGUAUUAAGGUGGCACAGAUGACUUGGCUGGAGCAGAAGCGUAUCGACGAUCUAGCAGCUAGCAUUGAUCGGAGACGAGCUCCUACAAUACCUUCGGAACUGAUAGGAGAUGGCACCGCUAAAGGUGUACGGUUUGUGGAUUCGCAAGACACUGUCAGCGGCUUCUCGCCCUAUGCCAGAGAGCGGAAGUCGAAACCAGUGAGCAAAAGCCAGUCUGACGCAAGCAGACCCAACGAUCUGGACAGUGGUUUGGGUCUUACGCAACGCAGAAGUCGCAUGCAUCUCACGUUUGACUAUCUGGCUGGCAUAUUCUGGCUAGUAACUGGUCUUCAAGCGACAUUCGUCCUGCACAUGCUCGAUAAGCUAGGCAUGGAGCAGAGGCCGCCUUGGUUGCUCAAAGCAGCCGGAGUUGUCGAGGGACGGAAAUCAUCAGUACAUGCUCAGGUCGUUAGGGAAGAGCGACGAGACUUCUGGAUGGUAGGACCGAAUGGCCACUUGAUGAUGGCGCCGAACGAUGAGGUUGAUGUUGAGAGCGAAACACGACGGCGACUACAACGCGCGGGCCACUACGUCACCGAGGAGAGUUUGGGCGAGCAACUGUACGACUGGUGGCGUGAUGGUGGAUGGUAUGGUACAACGGACAAUAGUGGAGAGUACGAAGCUAGAGAGAUUGAUGAUGACGCUACGAGCAUGAUAUCGAUGUCUACCAACGUGAGCACGGCAAGCAACGACGAGGAAGAAGAAAGUGGACGAAGGACACCUACGCAAGACGAUCCCAGCGGCGGUAGAGAUCUGACACUCGACGGCGCUCUCGACAUGAGUGCAUUAUCGCGUCUUCUCGAUCCACAGUCAGCUACUGAUCGCGAGGAAGCAAGACUCCUAUCUUACAGCCUGCAGUCAACGCGACCUAUGACACGUAGCCAGUACCGACGAGAUACUGACCGCAGUCGAGCACGAUUGCUAAAUGGUCUGCGAGGCAACAUUCGCGCCCCGCAGCCUUUGAACGAAGAUCUCGAAGAACGCGAGCUCGAGCAGUUCAUCCUGGCACAACGCUCGAGAGCUCGCGCCAGGGCUAUCGGUGGUAGUAGAGGUACAAGCUGGGAGUCUGGUGCGGAGGAUACCACUGGCUCAGUCCCCGACGAUCACUACACCUCCUUCAAUCAUUUUAUGCUACCAGAGUCACCACAAGUAACCCCAACAGUGACCACCAGCGACCCCAUCACCACAACCGACGAUACACGCAAGCAUGGCCUUUCAGCUCACGACCACACAGUCCCCCUGUCAGCAGCAGAUCAGUUUGCUGAUGGCGCAGGGACGACAAAGUCAAGCGAAGAGCAAUUGGCUCUCGACAAGGCGUUCGCUAGAUCACUGCAGCAGGAGUCAGGUGUUCAGAAGCCGCACACUCCAGUGGGUAGAGUGAGCCCAACUCGCAGUACACCGUCGCCGCCGACGACGCUGAAUCGUGUCACUGAAUACGAGCAAGCUGCUACGCCGCCUGUGAAGAGGAGAGAGGGACCUGCUUUUGAGGUUAUCAAGAAACCAAGAGUUCCUGGUGAUAAGAGGUCGCCUAUACAGGAUUUGCCCAAUGAGGUCUUGACGCAUGCUCUUGCCCAUCUUUCGCCCACGGACUUGACUUCUGUUGCUGCAGUCUCAAAGCGAUUUUACGAUCUCGUCACGGGACCGCAUGCGUGGCGAAGUGCUUUCGUACACUAUUUCCCAGGUCUUGCUGCCACUGAUACCACUCUCCUGGACGACGCAGAACAAGACCAGGAUGUCGUCCGCUCAGAAAAGCGCGUCUUCACGCGUCUCACGCCACUUGCGUCUUGGCGGAGCGAGUACAUCAUGCGUACUCGUCUCCUGCGAUCUUUGGCUCGUGGCAAGCCUGUUCAGGCCAUUGCAUCGCCCAGCUCCGCACGCUCGGGACAGAGUCAUAUUGCUCAGCCCACGGUCACAUACAAUUCGCAGCUGUUUACGACUAUCAAUCAUUUACAUGCUACGUUUGGAACGGGCUUGAACAAAAAGCUCCCUCGUUUUGUGCAUGGCGCGGACGAUGUUGGUUCCGCGACCAGCAGUGACCCUACUGCUGGCAAGGUGGACAAUUGGGGCCUUUCGGAUCCUCACUGGUUCCGCCAAUUUGCUGAGCUAUAUGCUGGAGAUGCACAGUAUGGUCUAGGACCAGGCGAUGUUGUGGGGGCGCCUAACGUCAUGGAUAUCAGCCAGCCAUACGGCAUGACACACGGCGAAGGUCUGCCUGGAGGCACUAUCUACUACCGCGCCACCGACGAGAUGCGUGGCCGUAAUUUGCUGUGCUCGUCUGCUAUGUCUGCUCCUGACCUUGGCAUACCACGCAUCGCAUCCACGCGUGAGGCCAUCACUGCUGUCUGGCUUGCGAAGUCGAACGCAGUGCCUUCGCUCAGCGAUGGUCUGGUUGGCAUGUUGUCAGGCACUUCGCUUGGUGUUCUCACCGCAUACAGUCUUGGUGCCACCAGCAAUGGCAAUCACCGAGAUCAGCGCUUCGUUCGUGGUGAGAUGACAGCUCGUUGGGCACUCAGCCCCGGCGUACCAAUUAUCGCAAUCGCUGUUGAUCCUGAUUACAGCCUGAAGCGCCAUGCUCAAAACCGGAUCUGGGCUGUUGUGCUAAACGCACUGGGUGAAGUGUUCUACAUCACCAAGUUUCCAACCCGACCACAUUCCGACCGCACCACAAGGAUGGAUGAGGAGGCGCUUGAACGCACAGCCUGGCUUGCUGGUCGCACCGUGCACUGGAGUAUGGCCGAACCCAGCAGACGUGUAGCACGACCCGACCCUUAUGCUCAAUCUGGCACAGAUGGCAGCUACUCGCCGCGCAGCUCAUGGAACGGCAUGUGCUUAACCAAGGAACAGAUCAAAGCCGAGACUCGAGAAAUCGAGGAGUUCGUUGCGAGGAAGCCGAAAGCCUUCUGCAAAGCUUGUAUUGGCUGGGAUAUGCAGCGAAAACUCGAAGCCGACUUUGCUGGCAAUGACUCCAGCAAUGCUGGCGAGAGCGUGGUAGUGUUUGACUGUGGUUUUGAGGAGGACAGUCCUGCUUCCGUCAAACGCUACAUGCGCUGCAGAUUCCGGGAUCGUCCAGCCACGGAUGUGGUCUCAACGCCACCCAUGACAAGCGCCAGCACUCAAUCCUCCAGUCCGCCAUCUCUUUUUGGCAGUCCUACGCCGUUGACUGCACCUGUCCCGGGCUGGUCACUUGACCGACUCGAAGACACGCUUUCGCAAGACGAUGUUUCUGGGUCAAUAACUCCACGUCCAAUGGCUGAGGAGUGGCGUGUGUCCUUGUUCUCCUUCGGUGGCCAUCAGAGCAUCAACAUUCUUGCUACCGCCAUAGACAGCUCUACCCUCGCUACACAUACCACCUCCGAGGAUCCUCUGCUCAGCUUUUCUGGCAGAUCCACCGCCUCUUCGCCUUCUCUGACACCACUGUCAAUGAAUGAGCCGAUCACUGAGGCUGCAGAUAUGCCUGGACAGCGUGCACGGCUAUUCGCUAUUGGCACAAAGACUGGCAGCGUCUUGGUCUGGAACAUACGCGCGUCAGCCUCGAAGAGCUCAGAAGCCAUCAAUACUAUCGAGCCUGUCCGCAUUAUCUACACAGAGUCACCUCAGAUAUCCUGCUUAGCCCUUUCCUCGCUGUACCUGGUACAUGGUGGCAACGAUGGUCUCGUCCAAGCCUGGGAUCCUCUUGGCUCGAGCGUGCAUCCAAUCCGCACUUUGAAUUCACGUUUUGCAUCCCGUGCCCGUCGCAGGCUCGUACAGGCUCAAGCAUCUCCGCAAGGUGUUGGCAUCAAUCUGUUCGCUGCUGGCGCGAUUUGCCUCGACCCAGAUGCCACUGUACUUCGUGGCAUGGUAUCACUGGGUAUUCAGCUGCGGUACUGGUCUUUCAGCUCGUCCGCAGCUGAUCAGUACAAAUCGCAGAAGCGACGACUGAGGCGCUCUGAACGUGGCAGCAACAAUGGUGGCGGAGGCGUUUCUGGUGGCAUCACAAGGAGCAAUCUAAAAGACUAUAUCUCUGGCGAACAGGACGAGCUUCGUCGCGAGAGAGAGCAACGCAACAAGGAUACACAACGCUUGGCUGGACGUUUUGGCACGGAGUUGAUGGGUGAAGAAGAGAUGCUGGCCUAUGCGGCUAUGCUGAGUCAAGAGACGCUGGAGCAGGAGAAUUUUCGUCGUGAAUCUGACACGAGCGCGCCUUCGAGUGUUGUUGGCAGCACAGAUCAGAAUGUGGUCGCCACUGGCAAUGUCACACCUUCGGCCGCUUCAUCGCCCACAUAUGCCUACACUCCAAAGUCUGACGACGAGCUAGAUGCCGACAUGGCGGAAGCUAUACGGCAGAGUCUUGCCGGCUCGCCUAAACCGUCGUACGACAUUCCUAUCCGGCACGCGAAAGCCAAAGGCAGAAAGGGCUCUUCGGCUCAUCCGUCUCCGCAGGUCUCACCUAUGCUGGGUGGGUCAAGCAGGAACGGUGAGAUGAAUGAUCUGGACUUUGCUUUGCAGUUGAGCUUGGCGGAAGAGCAGAGUAAGAAAGAUGCCGCAGAGGGCUUUCCUGCACCGGGUGGCGGGGCAUCGGGCAAUGGCAAGGGAAAGGGAAAGGGGAGGAUGGCUUGA